AUGAGCAACGAAACUCCUCCUGCCGUAGCUUUCGAUGUUGAAAUCAAAGAAAACCCUUCAGCACCUAUCCCUGAACAUAUUUUGAAAAGGUUCGCUGAAGAAAAAGAAAAUAAGGGUCUCAGUGAAGAAGAAAUCAGAGCAAAACUCGCGGCUGCUGAAGAAAGAAAGAAACAACAAGAAGCAGAAAAAGUUCAAAGGGCUGCAAAUGAAGUUGCCCACGCAAAAAAGGUUGCCGAAGAGCAACGUCGCCUUUCGGACGCGAACACCAGAGAGGGUUUGGCCAAAUUACAAGAAAAACUUGAGAAGGCUGAAACUCGAAAAGAAGAGGUAGUUAAAGAACGUCUUGAAAAGCUCGAAAAACAUCAUGACAAGAUUGAAAAGGUGGAACCUACUUCCAAACCCGAAGAAACCAAAUCUUAA